AUGUCAUCGUCCAGCAAGCAGGACGCGAUCAGCGAGGUGCAGUCGGCGCCGCCGACGCCGCGCCCGCCGGUGUCGACCCCGCCGUCGCAGAUACAGUCCCCGCGGGCGCCCAGCGGCGGCCGGUCGCCGCUGCACGCCAUGGCGUCUCCGCUGCGCGCCAUGGCGUCGCCCCUGCGCGCCAUGGCGACGCCGCUCGCCAGCCCCGUCAGGAAGGCGGUGGCGGGCGUCAAGGCGGUCGGCAACAUCACGCGGCUCGCGGACCCGCGCGACGCCUGGCUGCCCAUCACCGAGUCCCGGAGCGGCAACGCCUACUACGCCGCGUUCCACAACCUCAGCUCCGGCAUCGGCUUCCAGGCGCUCGUGCUCCCCACGGCCUUCGCCUCCCUCGGAUGGACGUGGGCGAUCAUCUGCCUGACCCUGGCGUUCGGGUGGCAGCUCUACACGCUGUGGCUGCUCGUCAGGCUCCACGAGCCUGUCGCGGGUGCCACCCGGUACAGCCGAUACAUGCACCUCGCCAACACCGUUUUCGGCGAUAAAUGGGCGAAGAUCCUGGCGCUGCUCCCGGUGCUGUACCUGUCGGCGGGGAUCUGCACGGCGCUCAUCAUCGUCGGCGGCGGAAGCAUGAAGAGUCUGUUCAGCAUCGCGUGCGGCGAGUCGUGCCUGGUGCGCAACCUCACCACCGUGGAGUGGUACCUCGUCUUCGUCUGCGCGGCCGUGCUGCUGUCCCAGCUCCCCAACCUCAACUCCAUCGCCGGCGUGUCUCUGGUGGGCGCCACCGCCGCCGUCGCCUACUGCACCAUGAUCUGGACCGUGUCCGUGGCCAAGGGCAGGGUGGCCGGUGUAUCCUACGACCCCGUCAAGGCCCACAACGACGUGGACGCCGCCCUUGGCAUCCUCAACGGCCUCGGAAUCAUUGCCUUCGCUUUCAGGGGCCACAAUAUCGUACUGGAGAUUCAGGGCACGAUGCCGUCGACUCUGAAACACCCUUCUCAUGUGCCCAUGUGGAAGGGCGUUAAGGUAGCAUACGCCAUCAUCGCGCUCUGCCUGUACCCCAUCGCCAUCGGUGGCUUCUGGGCUUAUGGCAACCAGAUACCUUCCGGUGGCAUCCUGAGUGCCCUGUACAAGUUCCACAGCCGGGACGUGUCCAGGCUAGUGCUGGGGACCACCACGCUGCUGGUGAUCAUCAACUGCCUGACCACGUUCCAGAUCUACGCCAUGCCGGUGUACGACAACAUGGAGGCCGGGUACGUGCACAAGAAGAACCGGCCGUGCCCCUGGUGGAUGCGCUCGGGCUUCCGCGCCUUGUUCGGCGCCACCAACUUCCUCAUCGCCGUCGCGCUGCCGUUCCUGUCGCAGCUCGCCGGCCUCCUCGGGGGGAUCUCGCUGCCGGUCACCCUGGCGUACCCGUGCUUCAUGUGGGUGGCGAUCAAGAAACCCCGGAAGGGCACCGCGACGUGGAACGUCAACUGGGCGCUGGGAAUCCUCGGCAUGGGCAUAAGCGUUGUCCUCAUAGUCGGAAACCUCUGGGGUCUCGUGGAGACAGGCUUGCGGUUGAAGUUCUUCAAGCCCGACGAUAUGCAGUGA